GGCGAGCCCGCUAGAAACAGCAGCAGCCGUUGUAGCCGCGUUCAUGCAUUGGCAGAGACUUGAAGAGAGGCUACCGACGUCAUCCUCGCUCAGCUAGCACUAGAGGAAAUAGAUGCCAUUGCAGCAGAGUCAGCAGUUCGCAGGGCAGAAGCGCGCCACCUGAAGGUACGACGCUACAAAGCGGCGCAAGUAGCUAGGAUGGCAGAAUGGAUUGCACAGAUUAAUAACAUGGACGAGGCCGCUUUCGUAUAUUUUUUUCGUAUUAACCGUGACAUCCUGGAGCACUUAGAGGCAGGGAUGUUGACGACUUUCGCAAGGAGAUUCUGUCGCACAAUGUUCCAUUGCGUCUCUGCAUCCUAAUCCCUAAAAAAUAUCUGGCUUCUGGAAUGACAUAUCUCGAUAUGAGUGUUUACUUUGGUGUCCCCGCAUCUGUAUGCCAUCUCAUUGUCGAUCGUUUCCUGCUUGCAUUUCCAUGCCGACACAAGGAGACGUGGGUCCGUUUCCCCACCCGAGACGAAAUGGCUGGAAUGGCGGCGGAGUUUAAGGAAUGUCGGGGGGUUCCAAAUGUUAUCGGCGCUGUGGACGGGACUAAUCUGCAGGUCCGUGGAAUCGACGACUAUCGCAGUGAAUACUUUUGUCGCAAACAGAUGUACUCUGUGCAGCUCCAACUGACCGUAGAUGUGAAAUGCCGCAUUUGGGAUUAUGUAGUAGGAUGGCCAGGAUCUUCCCAUGACAGCAAGGUUUUCACGAAAAGUGCGUUAUAUGCCAGAAUGGAGAACGGAGAGAUCAGACCAGUCGCAGAUUGAAUGCCGCAAGUCUUCGCGCGGCUGGUGGAGGGAUGGGACGUCACGGAAUCUGAAU